AUGGUAAAUAGGAAUGAACACGCUGAUGAAGUGUUGGAAAGAAUUCGAAACCAAAAUGCUGGGGGGCAACAAAAUGUUGCUGCUGUUGUCGAACAAUUGCUAAAUCAGCACGGUUUUAAUGUAGGUUUUGCAAAUAGACCCCAUUUUGUUUCAGCCUUCACUGGAGAAGUACUCGAAGCGGAACUCCCUAGAGGUUGGAAAGUCUCAAAGUUCACUAAGUUAUCUGGGGACUCAGGGGAGUCUACUGUAGAACACGUGGCGAGAUACCAGAUUGAGGCUGGGGACCUGGCCAUUAACGAAAAUUUGAAAAUGAAGUAUUCUCCAAGUUCUUUGACUAAGAACGUGUUUACAUGGUUCACAACCCUUGCUCCUAGGUCAGUCCACACUUGGACACAAUUGGAAAGGAUUUUCCAUGAGCAGUUCUUUAGAGGGGAGUGCAAAGUGAGUCUAAAGGAUUUGGCUAGCGUCAAAAGAAAGAAUGCCGAAUCCAUUGAUGACUACCUGAAUAGAUUCAGGAUGUUGAAAUCUCGAUGCUUUACUCACGUCCCAGAGCAUGAACUGGUUGAUUUGGCAGCAGAUACAGAGUUGGUGUGUCCAACUCAGUACGCAUACCACGAGGUCACCCCUGAAAUCGACACUAAUGAUAUCAAUCUAGCUGAGCUCCAGCCAGGAGACCCUUAUGUGUGCAAGGCACUAAAGCCUUAUGAAAACAAGUUGGGAGAAGAAUCUCCCAAAGACAGUAUUCCUACUCUUAAAACUUAUACUUUUGACGUGACCAAAUGUGAUGCAAUUUAUGACAUACUUGUCUCUGAUGGUUUAAUUGUGUGUGUUCGUUUCAGGGACCUUGUUCAAGGAGCACUGGAUUCUGGUAGACUCAAGUAUGGCGAAAAGACUAAGGGCCAAGCAUAG